GAUUGACAUUUUAAUAGAAACCGGUUUAAAAGAAAAGAUAUGAUCGACGCUUUUGAAACGGACUUAUCUUUACGGUGUUGUUAUUAUUGUCGUCGUCGUCGUCGCCGUCGUCGUCGCCAUUAUCGUUGUGCGUGCAUGCGUACGUACUUCUAGAAAUAAAAUAAUCUCUCGUGCUUGAGUUAUUCCACGAGCACGACGAACGAAGUGUAAGAUGGCGUCAGAAAGACAGCAGCAAGAUUUUAAUAGGAGUGCAUUGACGAUCGACGGUGAGCGGGCUUGCUACACCGGACAACGAGCCGAAAGAAUCCCUGGUGGUUUGGUCCGUGUAGUUGGCUAUGAUUGCUUAAGUUUGGAUCUUUCUUACAACGAAUUAACCUCGGUCAUGGCAUUAAAGGAUUUCUCUAGAUUGGAAGAAUUAAUAUUGGACAAUAAUCGGCUACGCGAUCUAAAUACAUUACCUUCUAUGCCAUCUCUGACCACUUUGAGCCUGAAUAACAAUAAGAUAACGGAUAUGGACGAUGCAUUAGAAAGGAUACGUGAAUGUUGUCCGAAUAUCGGUUACGUGAGUCUUUUAGGAAAUCCAGGAUGUCCCGAUCAGCUUACAAAUCCAAAUUCGACCGACGAGAAUGAUUACGAACGUUACAGGUUAUAUGCGAUUUAUACAUUACCAUCUACUUUGCGUUUUCUUGAUUCACGCGUAAUCACUUGGAAAGAAAGGGACGAUGGAAAAAAUCGUGGAAGAUAUUUGAGAACGGUUAAAGUGUUCUCGAACAAAACGAAUAAUAAUUUAAUAAGCGUACCACUUCCUGAUGAAUUUGACGACGCUUAUUUCAAUAUAAGAUAUACGCCAUUGCCAAUAACGAAUCGUACGCCUCAAGAUCACAGAGGUGCAUUUGGAAAAUGCAAGUAUCGUUAUUCUGGCAAAAAUUCCGAAGGCAACAGAUUCAUCUUCAACAAGGAUCUAUAAAAUCGAGAAUGAAAUUAUGGUAAAGUUAAGAAUGAUCUCUUCUAAUCACUUUUUAGUAAUUUAUUCGAUGAUAAUAUUAAUUCAUAUGAUUUCAUUGAACACUCUUUUGUUAAUUUUUUUAAACUUAUAUUAAAUGUCGAUUGAUCUAAAUAUAAAGACAUAGAUGGAAUGAGCGAAUAGAAGGAGGAAAAGAAAGAGAGAGAAGAGAGAAAAGAAAUAUAAUCGAUCGAUUUAUCGCAAAAACUUCCAUCUUUUUUUAAUAAUAUUGGUCCUUAAUGUACACAAUGUACUCAAUUACAACGACAUUAUUAUAUACGCAACAAAUUCAAUUUAUCGGACGAUUCGUAUAUCGAGAAAGACAAAAAAGUGUCAUGCAUAUUGUUUUAUUAAUUAUUAAUUAUUGUUGUUAUAUUUUUCUUGUUUCUUGCCGCCGCUGUUACUGCUGCUGUUGUUGUUUUAUAUCCAUUUUUUUUCUUUUAUUUUAUUUUAUUUUUUUUUGUAAUACAUAUUUUAAUUCAAUAUUUGACACGCACACGCCAAUCUACUCUAUUUUAUCCCAUGCGCACCAUACGAAUCUCUAUAUGAAAUAUAUACUAUAUAUAUGUAUGUAUGUUUAUAUAUAUAUAUAUAUAUAUAUAUAUAUAUAUAUAAUAUGUAUAUGGUAAAGGCAGUUUAUAGUUUAUAAUCGAUAACCCUGUUCUUUAAAAAAUUACACUACACGACAGAAACUAUUCGCGCCUUAAUGCGAAUUGGUAUCUCAUAUUUUUAUUACUAAUACGUAAUAUUUAUCGAAGAUACCCUCUUCUACAAUCAUUUUAAGUACGAAUACAUCGACUCAGCCUUUCGAUUUGUUCCAGUAAUCAAAGAUAUGAAAGAAAAGAAAAUAAUAAAAUAAUAAUAAUAAUAAUAAUAAUAAUAAUUAUUAUAAUUAUAAUUAUAAUAAUGAACGUUAUUUUGCAAAAUGUUUGUCUUCGAUGUAGAAGUAUAACAAUGUUCGAAUAAAUUCUUGCCAAUGACAGAGAAAAAGACAAACGUAGAAAGAGAGAGAGAGAGAG